GACUAAAUGGCCCGAGGGCGAAAGAUAAGGUUCAAAUCUAACGACAGAGUAUGUGCAGUAAAUAACCAAACAAUUAUGGUGUAAUAAUUCAGCACAAUACUGGAAGUAUAGUACCAGAAGCUUACCAACAUGGGCGGAAAGGCUUAGUCCAACCCUCUCGAAAAGCCAGGAUUUGACCAAGACGUGAUCAGGAAGUAAUUAAUGCAACAUUGGUAAGCAUGCAAAUGCUCCCUUACGAUUCUCAACUCUUGCCAUCUCUGGCCAACUCCCGCAAAACAGUAAUUGUUCCCUUCACGGCCAUCGUGCUCAUUUUCUUCUCCGUCUCUAAAAACGCUGCAAGUUCUGUCUUGGAGGCUCCGGGGUGUCGUCGCUCAAAGGUACAGGUCACAUACAGCUCUCCAUCAGCGCCCUUGCUGACGAGAUUGGUAAUAGUGAUUCUACCUGGCUGGACGAAGAUCACUCAAGAAGGCUCGUUUGCUGUACCUGUUUCUCGCACUCUGCGUUUGUCUUCACAGUAAAUGUCUUCGCGGACAGUGGCUGGAUACCCUGUGACCAGGCCAGAUUCACAGAUAAGUAUAGUGGACUGGAUGUCCUGUCUCGGCGGAGCGAUUGAGGAGUAGGCCGGCCCAUAUCUGCCCUCCUAGAAGGGGGCACUAGCUCCGGCGGGGUUGAGAGGGGCAGUGAAGGCGAUGUUGUUUUGUAGGCAUGGUGAAAUUGUGUGAGUGCGCAACUGGUCUGCAAGAGGAAGAUGACGAUCUUUACAAGUGUCUAAAUACCAUGCAUA